CCUCACCCCGAAGAGCCUCACCCCGAAGAGCCUCACCCCGAAGAGCCUCACCCCGAAGAGCCUCACCCCGAAGAGCCUCACCCCGAAGAGCCUCACCCCGAAGAGCCUCACCCCGAAGAGCCUCACCCCGAAGAGCCUCACCCCGAAGAGCCUCAGCCCGAACCACAGCCCGCCGAACACGUGGAGGACCCAGCUCCAGAAGAGCCUAAUGCUGGGGCUGAAGAACCUGCCCCUCCACCACCGGCUCCCACUCAACAAGACCGUCGUCUGGUCGUUGUGACGCCUGUCAACGGGCCUGGCGUGAAUCUGUGCAAGUUCAUGAUGAGCGCGAUCGCGCUGGGCUAUCCGUCACCGAUUAUCACGAACUGGGGCCGCGAUCCCUUUGAAGCCUCCAAAUGGAGGGGCGGCCCCAACCUGGCCAAAAUCACCGGCAUCUUGCGCUACCUUGACGCUGCACUUGACGAGGAAGCCCAUCCCGACGACAAGCUACACGAGGACGACAUUGUGAUCAUAUCUGAUGGCUUUGAUGUCUGGUUCCAGCUGCCCCCAGAGGUCCUGCUACGACGCUUUCACGAGAUCAACGCGCGUGCCAAUGCGCGGCUUCGGGAACAGUGGUCCCAAGAAGACCCUAUGCCGAUGGAGCAGACCAUUGUCUUCUCCGCGCAGAAACGGUGCUGGCCAGGCAUUCCCGAUGGCUACGAUCUGCACUGCGAGGAGCUUCCCGAGAGUCCUCUUCCCGCCGAUCUGUACGGGGAUGCCACCGACAUCAUCAUUGAAACAAGCAAUCCCUACCAGCCCAACUUCCACAAUGUACGUCCGCGGUUCAUCAACGGAGGCACGUACAUGGGCCCCGCAGGCGACCUGCGGCGCGCGUUUCGCCGUGGCUUCGACCAGCUCGACAGCAAAGCGGAAUCAGGCAUCAAGCUCUCCAGUGAGCAGGGCGUCUCGGGUCAAGUCUUUGGUGAGCAGGAGGUGUGGCGCACCUGGAGGCGGACGCAGUCGCUUGAACAAGGCAGCGCGACCACUCUGAUGGAAAGGGACUUCGAAUAUCAUAUUGGGCUGGACUAUACACAGGAACUGUCUCUGGCCACGUGCCACUCGGAAGAUCACGGCGACAUUGUCGCCCUGGGCAACCAAUCCGCCGUCGACGAAUACUCAUCCAAGGCUGGGCUCGUACCGGCUCGCGUUCAGGGCGUACCUGAGGACAUUGUCCACGUACGCAACCCUUUGGAGGGGUAUGCCCCCGAGACGCAAUGGGGUGACAUGCCUCUCUACACGGAUUUCUACACGCAGGCUGUCCCAGCCAUGGUCCACCAUAAUGCAUGGCAGCACGGCCUGAAAGAGCGCCGCUUCACUUGGUGGGAUAGAAUGUGGUUCUUCCCGUAUCUUCGCGACAUGGUUGCGAGCCGACUGAAGCCAGCCCCCCUGGAGCCCUUGGUGACGAUCAACACGGAGGAAGGCGACAUUGUGUACUGGGCGCCUCCAUCAGAUGCAUUCAGGAGAAAGCCGAGGCUGAUGGUGGGCAAGACUGCCCAGCCUCUGGAAGAGGCUUCCUUCGACGUGCUGUGCGCUGUGCCUGGGAAAACCGAAGCUUCCGACCCAAAGUGGUGGGAUGAAGUAUUCCGGGAUGAAAAAGGGCCCAUAUGAGCAGGCGUGGAAAGAGAUACUGUUUAACAUCUGUACAUUUCUUUUUCUUUUUCUCAUGACGAACAAAGACGGCCUCUCGAGCAGCUAAAGUUGCCACGGGCAUCUGCUGGACCCGGAUCUUAAAUAGCAUGUAUAUAUAUACCUUGCUUUUGAUUCACAUUGCCUUAUCAU